GUGCUGGAGGCCCAAAAGCUGCUUCACAACAAUGAAUAUUAUUGGAGAAAUUUGAGAAUGUGGUUGCUCAGUUGAAUAGUAAUGAAGGAAAAGGGAAGAUAUUUCUUUUAAAAAAAUAAUACUGGGCUCAAUAGGAGAAUUUGAGGAAUAACUAUAAGGAUCCAGUAGAUGGCAGUAGUUCAACAAUAAUGGAUGCAAACUGCCGUUAAAAGCUAAAGAAGAAAACCAUUGGAUUUAGCUGUUAAGUUGUCAAUAUAACGCGGUGAAACUUUACGGUGCUUUGCUACACUCGGACAACUAGAUAACAAGGUGAUUUGGUUUCCCGGGCCAUGCAUCACCUGCAGCCGUUACACAUCAAGAACCCGAGCAACGGGACGCCGGUCCACCAGAAGAGCAGCUCCACGGUCCACUGGGAACCCGAAGCGCUCUACACCCUCUGUUACUUCAUGCACUGCCCACAGAUGGAGUGGGAGAACCCCAACGUGGAGCCGUCCAAAGUCACCCUACAGACCGAGAGGCCGUUCUUGGUUCUGCCUCCGCUGAUGGAGUGGAUCCGGGUGGCCGUCGCCCACACCGAACACAGACGCAGCUUCUCCGUCGACAGCGACGACGUGAGACAGGCCGCCAGGCUGCUGCUGCCCGGGGUGGACUGCGAGCCGCGGCAGAUCAAAGCCGAAGAUUGUUUCUGCGCCACCCGGAAGCUGGACGCAGCCUCCACCGAGGCCAAGUUCCUGCAGGAUCUGGGCUUCAGGAUGCUCAACUGCGGCCGGACGGAUCUGGUCAAGCAGGCUGUCAACCUGCUGGGGCCCGACGGGAUCAACAGCAUGAGCGAACAGGGGAUGACGCCUCUCAUGUACGCCUGCGUGCGCGGCGACGAGGCCAUGGUCCAGAUGCUGCUGGACGCCGGCGCCGACAUCAACAGCGAGGUGCCAAGCACAGUAAACAAGCACCCCUCAGUUUACCCCGAAACGCGCCAGGCGACGCCACUCACGUUCGCCGUGUUGCACGGACACGUCCCUGUCGUGCAGUUGCUGCUGGAUAACAGAGCCAAUGUGGAGGGCGCCCUGCAGGAUGGGGCGGAGAACUACACAGAGACGCCGCUGCAGCUUGCUGCAGCUGCAGGAAACUUUGAGCUGGUGAGCUUGCUGUUGGAAAGAGGCGCAGACCCCAUGAUCGGCACGAUGUGUCGAAAUGGCAUCUCCUCCACUCCGCUGGGAGACAUGAACUCGUUCAGCCUGGCAGCGUCGCACGGACACAGGAAUGUUUUCCGGAAGCUCCUGUCCCACUCAGAGAAGGAGAAGGGGGACGUUUUGUCCCUGGAGGAGAUCCUGGCCGAGGGUUCGGAUCCCGGGGAGAAGAGGCUGGCCCCGCAGGCCAACUGCAGCGGGACGCUGCGAACAGGAAAGGCCAAACUGCGGGCCCUGAGAGAGGCCAUGUACCAUAGCGCAGAGCAUGGCCAUGUGGACAUCACCAUUGACAUCCGCAGCUUAGGCAUUCCUUGGACGCUGCACACCUGGCUCGAGUCCCUGCGCACCUGCUUCAUGCAGAACCGCCGGCCGCUGAUCCAGGGUCUGCUCAAAGACUUCAGCUGCAUCCAGGAGGACGAGUACACGGAGGAGCUGAUCACACACGGCCUGCCGCUCAUGUUCCAGAUCCUGCGAACCAGCAAGAAUGAAGUGAUUAGCCAGCAGCUGUCGGUCAUUUUCACGCAGUGCUACGGACCUUUCCCCAUCCCCAAACUGACAGAGAUCAAGAAGAAACAGACCUCACGCCUGGACCCGCACUUCCUGAACAACAAGGAGAUGUCCGACGUCACCUUCCUGGUGGAGGGGAAACCGUUUUAUGCACACAAGGUGUUGCUGUUUACAGCAUCAACCAGGUUCAAGUCUCUGCUCCAGAACAGACCAGCAGCAGAAAACACAUGCAUUGAGAUCAGCCAUGUCAAAUACAACAUUUUCCAUCUGGUCAUGCAGUAUCUGUACUGCGGAGGCACAGAGUCUCUGCACAUCCGCAACACAGAAGUGAUGGAGCUCCUGUCUGCUGCCAAGUUCUUCCAACUAGAGGCCCUUCAGAGACACUGUGAGAUCAUCUGCUCCAAGAACAUCACCACUGAAACCUGCGUGGACCUUUACAAACACGCCAAGUUUCUCGGUGCGUUGGAGCUAACUGCGUUCAUCGAGGGCUACUUCCUGAAGAACAUGGUGCUGCUGAUCGAACUGGACGCCUUCAAGCAGCUCCUGUACGAUCCGUCCGCCGCCGCCGCUGCUGCUGCCGCCGCCGCCGCCGAGAGCCCCUUGUCCAGCCCCGGCCUCUGCUCCGACAUCCUCCACGACCUGGAGAAGACGCUGGCCACUCGCAUCCACUCCAUCCACCUCUCCACCUCCAAGGGCUCGGUGGUGUGACCGCCGCCCGCCGCGCUCCCAUCCAGCCGCAGCAUCGAUGUAACGCCCGUUUUAGCAAACACUGUCCCGCCCACGUCAAACUGCUGUCGGACGAUCUACCGCCAGGAUUUCCCUUUAAUUCUGCUGCUUGUUGAACGUUGAUGUUGACGUUUGUGACUAAACUCUGUUUCUUUGCCUUGAGCUCCUGUCCUGACGGCUGUUCACUUCACUGCAGAUAAAAACAAACCCGACUCGGUCAA